AUGGGAAAGUCAUGGAGCCAAAGUGUGUGGAUUCCAAAUCCCCCGAUAACAGAGAAGAAUGUCUCUGAUCAGAGUGGAAAGGUAUUCAUGAUAACAGGAGGCAACUCAGGCGUGGGAUUUGAGCUGGCAAAAGUCCUGUAUGGUGCGAAUGCCAAAGUCUAUAUAGCUGGUAGAUCGGGAAAAUGCGUGCUAGAAGCUAUUCGGCUUCUCCGUGCUGAGAUCCCUAGUUCUGGGGGCGACUUGGUUUGGUUGCCGUUGGAUCUGGCCGACUUGACUUCUGUCAAGAUUGCAGUUCAAGAACUUGAGAGAAAUGAAACCAGACUCGACGUGCUUUGGAAUAAUGCAGGUGUCAUGUGCACUCCUGUCACGGUCAAAUCAGAGCAGGGAUAUGACCUUCAAAUGGGCACAAACGUGCUCGGGCCUUAUCUUCUUACCACCUUACUGCAUCCGAUAAUGAGGAACACGGCAGAGACUGCCCUAAUUAGCUAUGUGAGGGUAUGUUGGGCCAGCUCGAUUACAAUAGAGUUGUCUCCUCGAGGUGGAAUCGAAUUUGAUGCUUCCGGAUCACCGGUACUAUCUAACACCAAAUACACCAAUUACUUUGUUUCCAAGGCCGCGAAUAAUCUGCUGGCAUGGGAGUUUGGGAAGAAAUGCCAGAAAGAAAACAUCCUGAGUAUUGCAAGUGAAAAUAUAUCCCUAUUUCUUAUGCUGCAACAGUCUGCUUGCGUACCGAUAGCUUUUAAUCCUGGUAACCUCGACACAGGACUGACUAGGUACCUGACAUUACCCAUUGUUGGAUCGAUCGUACCUCGUCUCAUAAGUUUGGUGAUGUGGCCACCUUGUUACGGCGCUUAUGACGAGCUCUACGCGGAAAUUUCUCCUGACUUGACCAUUGCAAAACUCACUGGUGCAUAA